CGCUAGCCAAGACGCCAUUUUGUUUAUGUGCUCGCUGGUACGCUUGGUUGUCUAUUCUAUAAUUUUCGGAAGAUAGUAUUUAUGGCAAGGAUUUUCUUGGCGGAGGAGUGAUAAUGUUGGCUUGGUGAAAUGGAUUCUUGGUCGAACUUAUGUCGGUGUUGCCUCUCGCCAGAUUCCGAAGUAUCCUUGUUAGACGAAGAAAACAAAGUAAGGGAAAAAUUCCUGGAAAUCACCACUAUCGAGGUCGACCAAGAGGACGGUCUACCGCAGAAACUCUGCAGUGAUUGUUAUAAAAUUAUGAGUUCUGCAUACCAGUUUCGCAAACAGUGUAUAAAAAUGAAUACUGAAUUAAAGAUCCAGCUAGAGGCGUUCCUUCAACAAACUAAUAACCUUGAAGGAGUAGAAGCAGAAGAGGAGGAAGAGACCUCACAAAUAGAGGAGAAUGACUCGGAGACUGAUAAUAUAGCCAACGAUCCUAUGAAACAACUUGAAGCUAUCAUCAAAAAAGAACCAACAGAUAGUGAUGAUGAUUACUACUAUGUCCUUGUUAUUGAUGAUCCUAAAGAUAAAGAGAAGAAGAAUCAAGAAGACGUUAGUACUGUGAAAAGGGAACCACAGGAAUUGGAAACACCUGUUUUAAACCAAAGUGAAGAUAGUCAGCCUGGAGAAACAUUUGAAAACUAUGACUCCUUCCUUAUGUCAAACACUAAGGUACCAGUAAAUGUUCCAGCAACCAUCCUAGAAAAUGAAGAAGAGAGUCAGGAGAAUGAUGAUGAUGGCCAUUUUGCUAAUCAUGGUAUGGAUAUUGAUGAUACACAAGACAGUACAUCACAAGACCAGAAUUUGGAUGAAAUGGAAGAUUCCCAAGACAGAGGAGUUGAAGUAAUAGCCGGUAACAUAACAGGAGAAUUAACCAACUUGCAGGACAAAACUAGCAUUAUAAAAAUUCUAUCUGCAUCAGGUGCUGACGGUACUAUAUUAUUAAAAGGUGAUGAUGGCAUUCAGUAUUUAACAACUGAUACACAGCUAGUUGAUGGGGAUGAUGGUGAUCCAAUGAAUCAAGAAGAAGUCAUCUUCUGUGAGGGUGAUGAAUCCUCACAAUUCCAAAUACUCAAAUGUGAUGGCUCAGAAUUAGUCAUAGAGUAUACUGAUGGGGACCAAAUUGCUACUGUUCUUCAGCAAGAAGAUGGAAAGUUCGUAUGUGACUGUGGAGAUCAGUUUGAUGACUUAGAAGAAUAUGAGAAACACCAAUACAAGCAUAAUCCUGCUGGGGAACACUUAUGCAAUUUGUGUGGCAAAGGAUUUGAGUCUCCUGAAAUCUUGACUGGGCAUAUGCUACUACAUAGUGUGACAGGGCUACUAGUAACCUGCCCUUUCUGCCACCAGCUUAUAAGAAGAAAUGCAUUAACACAACAUAUCAAAUAUGGACACAAUAACAUCAAACCAGAAUGCAACCUUUGUUGGAAAACAUUUGCCAAUCCAAAUAACUUAAAACGUCACAUGAUGAUACACAGUGGUAUUAGAGAAUUUGAAUGUGAUAUUUGCCUAAAACGUUUCCACCAAAAGAUUACUAUGCAGACCCAUAGACUGACUCACAUGAAUCCCUUUGCAUGCAAUCAGUGUGAUGCGACUUUUGAAAAUAAAAGUGCUUUGCAAACUCACAAGGAGUCUGAAGACUGCUCAAAGUCUAAAGUAAAGAAAGUUAAAGAAGAAUUGAUGAAGACUGUAAAACAGGAGAUCACCACAAAUCUUGGGAAACUUCUAGGCUAUGCCUGUUCGUUGUGCAAGAAGAUGUUUUCAUUAGAAUCUGCUUUAGAACAACAUGUUGAAAGCACCCAUAUGGUAGACCCAUCAGAACUGCUUUGCUCUGAAUGUGGUGAAGUCUUACCCUCAAAGAAAGACAUGCAAAGUCACAUUUUGACUCACAAAAAUUACAAGCAGAGGAAUAUGAAGAGAUUUGAAUGUAAGGUUUGCGGCAAGAGUUGUUCAAGUCAAGCUAUGUUAAUAAUGCAUGAAAGAGUUCAUACAAAUGAGCGUCCCUUCCCCUGCGCUCUGUGCUCACUCCGAUUUAAAACCAAAACGCAUUUGCGGACUCACCAGCUCACACACACACGAGAGAAGAAGUUUGGGUGUUCAGUUUGUAUGAAGUUCUUUGCUUUGAAAGGAAACUUGGUGGUUCAUUUACGCACACAUACAGGGGAACGCCCUUACGUCUGUACACUGUGUGGAGAGGCCUUUAUAGACUCUAAAUAUCUGAAGAAGCAUAAGUUGAAGAAGCAUGCAAUUGAUAAUGUACCCUGGAAUCAAUAUUAAGUCUUAUAUUGUUCGAUUUUCCUGACUACACUAUUUUAUUACAAUUUCACAUUAUUGUCUUUAUUAAUUACCACAAACACAAUAGCUGAUAAUCAAAUGUAAUUAAGUAUAUGAUUAUUUUAACCUGUCAGCGAAAAUAAUAAGAUUUUUUUUUCUUUGCUGUAUGCUUGUAAUAAGAGGUUUAUUUUAUUUUGUGUUUCUAUUAUUCAAACAUGCCAUGUUCAUAAAAGGAAAUGUUGAGAAAAUGAGAAUACUUAGAGAAGCAUUUCCACUCAUUUUUGUUUUUUUAAAUAACCGAGAAUUAUGUAUUUAUUUAGUAGAAAUCCAAGAUAAUGUUUGUUUUUUGUGUAAAUUGCGUCAUAUUUUUUUCGCUAUUGAUUACUUAGGUAUUUUGUAUGCUUGUUGUAGCAAGAGACAGUCUCAGACAUUGUUUCUAUAAUUUAGUAGGGAUUAUAAUUAAUGUGGUUGCCUAAUUUUGUAAACCAUUAGCUAGGAUCACCAUAGGUAGGGUAUCAAAAUAAUGUUAUUUAAGCAAUAUCUGUACAUUAGCGACAGCUGUUUUAAAAUAAAACGAUAAAUAUUUCA